AUAGCUGUUCUCCCACGCGCGAAUUCUAUCUCGUCGCUUAUCGUUGAGAUAAGAGUGGAGCUCUUUCCACUCGCACCUGCCCGCGCAGUAUAGUUUGUCGCAGCGCGUGCUCGCGCCUGCUUGCGAUUUUUGUCUCCCUCUCCCGUGAAUUGCAAGUGUAUCGCAGUACAUCGACAGCCUGCGAGAACAAGCGCGGUAUCAGUACACAGUGUAGCAGCAAUCAUGGCGGCGACGCACCUCGACCUCGGGCUCCGAUGCAUCAAGUAUCUCCUGUGUGCCGUCAACUUCCUCUUCGUGAUGACCGGGGCGAUGAUAGUGUCGGUCGGCACGACGAUCUACGCGGUCUACGAGGACUUCUCGCACUUCUUGGACGCGAGCUACUUCUCCCCGGCGACUCUGCUGAUCGUCGUCGGCGCCCUCGUCUUCCUCGUUGCGUUCUGCGGCUGCUGCGGGGCCCUCAAGGAGAGCACCUGCAUGGUUCUCGCGUUCGCGGUCUCGCUGUCGGCCAUCCUCCUUCUCGAGUUCUCCGCGGCGGUCGCGACCUACGCGCUCCAGGACAACAUCACCAGCCUGCUCAAUGUCAAGAUCAACGAGAGUAUGCACCGCUACGAGAGGAACGAGGAGGCCCGCACGGCCCUCGACUUCUUGCAGUCAAAGCUGCACUGCUGCGGUUACAACGGCGCAGCCGACUGGGCCGGCAUCUUGACGGACGCCAACAAUACGGUCGACGUCCCCUACUCCUGCUGCAACUGGUACGCCAACGCGGACGGCUCGCCGGGAAGUGAAAUCUGCCCUGCGAUCUACGGGCAGGGUUGCUACCGCGGGCUCGCCCUCAUCGUCAAUCGCAGCGCGCUCUACCUCAUGACUGGGGCUAUGAUGAUCGCGAUCAUUCAGCUGGCUGGAAUCGUGUUCGCCUGCAUGCUUGGCCGUGCCAUCAGGAAGCAAAAGACGGAAAAGGAGAGACGUCGAUGGCAGUUGCGGGAGAGCUUGCUGACCGGCUACGAGCCCUUGGGCAAAAGCGAUCCGUUCACGACCUUCCCGGUCGUUUAUAUGACUGACAACGAUUUUCGAACCCAAACGGCGAUUAGCUAAUGAUUUUCACUGACCACGCGACGCAUAUAUACCGAUUUAUAUAUUUAUAAGAAACUUUUUUUUUACCAGCUAAUUCCAUCUACAUUUUCAAGAGAUUUAAAUAUUCGCCGGAUAUUCAAUGUUUAGCUACAUUAUCGAUAUUUACAACAGCUUCAACUAGCAUAAUCAAUUGGACUUCGUAUACCUAUGUACAAAUUUAUAAGAGUCGGUAGAAAAAAGUAUCACCAAAAGUUCAAUGCUCUUUCGAGAAUUUCACGUGAUUCUUCAUUGCAAUUGCCUUUAUCGUCAGGUAGGUAAGGGGGCGUAAACUCACGGUAUGCCAAGCAGAUGCGUCUUAAGUUUAUGUCUUCUCUUAAAACUGCAUGUUCCCAGCUGUAUCUGCAUUAAGAAAUAAAAAAGUACUUACUCCAAA